UUUUCAUAUGUGUGUGUUUGUUGUAAUGAUGGAUAUUUUGUUUAUAUUUCAUAUGUGUGUGUUUGUUGUAAUGAUGGAUAUUUUGUUUAUAUUUCAUAUGUGUGUGUUUGUUGUAAUGAUGGAUAUUUUGUUUAUAUUUCAUAUGUGUGUGUUUGUUGUAAUGAUGGAUAUUUUGUUUAUAUUUCAUAUGUGUGUGUUUGUUGUAAUGAUGGAUAUUUUUUUUCAUAUGUGUGUGUUUGUUGUAAUGAUGGAUAUUUUGUUCAGUUUUCAUAUGUGUGUGUUUGUUGUAAUGAUGGAUAUUUUGUUUAUAUUUCAUAUGUGUGUGUUUGUUGUAAUGAUGGAUAUUUUGUUUAUAUUUUAUAUGUGUGUGUUUGUUGUAAUGAUGGAUAUUUUGUUUAG